AUGUCUUAUCAAACCUUUCACCCAACUACAGGAAGUGUACAAACUUUUGACGAAAACAUUACAGAUGACGAGAGCAGCCCAUUAUAUCCUUUUGGAAAACCAGUAUUCUUAUCUAGUUUAUCUGUUCAAAUGGCAUUCGUUCGUAAGGUUUGGGUAAUUUUUACUAGUGAACUUGUAGCGGUUACCUUUACAACAGCCUUACUUAUCUAUAUGUAUGAUUGGAGACAUUUCCUUCAAAGACACAUAUGGACUUGGUGGGCUUCAAUUGGCAUAACAUUUAUUUUAUUGAUUGCUUUAACAUAUAAAUCCAACGAUGAUUUCCAACCACCAUGGUAUUUGAUCAUGAUAUAUACUUGUUUUAACGCUUAUGUUGUCGGUUUUCUUGUUUCUAUUCUUCGAUUGACUUUCGUACUCGAUACUUUAAUUUUGAUGCUGGUGGCGAGCUUUUCGGUGCUUGCAUUUACGUAUCAAACAUCUUAUAAGUUUAGAGCGAAAGAACCCAUAAUUAUUACCUCGGUGAUGAUUCUUAUAGCUUCCUUUAUACUUCAUCCUUGGUUCUUCAGUUUUGCUGAUUUGAUUCCGGCAUUCUCCCUUGCAUGGAUCUUAAGUUUAUAUUUCAUUUUGGAUACGUGGUAUUUGAUGAAACAAAUGAGCAAAGACGAAUAUUUGGGUGCGAGCAUGCAAUUAGAUUCUGUCACCUCGGAAGCCUCUGAAGAGCCAGGCGCGUCAUUAUUCUACUCCGUAGCAACAUUACCAACAGAAGCAGAAAUUCACGAGUCAAUAUCCCUUCAAACCUCUCAGGUGCGAGAGUAUAAUCAAUAUGAGGACGAAGACGAACAAGAGAACGGGCCUGAUGCAGCGUUUUUAUCUGUACAAUCUCCUAGGUUCUAUUCCAAUAAGCAGGCUGCGGCAGAGAUUUAUUUAGACAUUCCUUCUAAUCACACAGUUAAAGCUACUAAUAACCCACUUUCGGAGGAACUUCUUCUCACAGAAAAGAUACCGCCAAAUCUACUUUCAUGCGUUUUACACCGAAAAUAUAAAGAUCCAGCAUUUGCGAUCCUUUUUUGUAUAGGACUAAUAAUGAUGUUAGCUAUUGGUAUAUUUCUGAUAUUCACAACCAAUUCAUACAUCUUAAAGGAUUAUUCACAUGAAUCCGUAUUUUUUGUCAUCCAAGAUAGCGUUGGACCACUUUUAUUUGCCUUAUUUUUCUCUCUAAUUGUGGGUGUAAUAUGGAUAUUAUUACUUCGUUCAUUUACCAAGAUCAUAGUUUGGGGAACUUUGACAGCCGUUCCAUUCAUUUGUUUCGCGAUGUUCGUUUGGACUAGAGUUGAAGCAUUUUCGGGAGCUCUUCGAGAUUCAGAGAAGCCUGAUCCGCAGGAUGAUGCACUUGCGUCAUGUAUUUCUAGUUGGACAUAUGAAGAUAUUUGGAAGUUAGAGCCAAAUACAUAUCUACUCAUUUUGUAUUUCAUUUUUAUGUAUUUAUGGACUUCCGCUGUUUUGAGUAAUGUUCAAAAAGUAACUUUAUCUGGAGUUGUAUCAAAUUGGUAUUUUUAUAGGAAUGAUUAUGAUGAUUUAUAUGACUCAGAUCGAAAUAAGGAAGUAACAGAUAGAUCCUUUUUGAACGCAACGACAGUUUCAUUUGGAACGGUUUGUCUUGGAGGGCUUAUUCUUGCAUCUAUUCAAUUAAUUAAAAGUUUUACCGAUUUUUUGAAAAAAAAAUUCAAAAAUAGCUCGGUUCUUUGUUGUCUAUCAUGGGUUCUGACAUUCAUUGAUGGUAUCAUAGACAAUUUGAACAAUUACACUUUAAUUUACGUAGGCAUGUAUGGUAAGAAUUUCUGUUCUUCAGCACAUAAGACAACCAAGUUAUUUCGUGGUAAUCUUGUUUCUGGACUAGUAAGCGACUAUGCAGCCAAAUCGAUUCUAUAUAUUGGAUCUCUAAUCAUUGCACUUAUCUGUGGAUUUGCUACCUUUAUAUAUGCUACACAUACACUUCAAUCACCAUAUGGAUAUGUUGUUGGAAUUAUAGCUUCCAUCGUUCCUUAUUAUAUUUCGCAGUUUUAUACACACAUUAUGAUGAACACUACGGGCAGCCCAACCGCAAGGCUGGGCGGCUCUGUACCAAAUCCCACAGAUUUAUCUCGUCGAUUGUUGUCAACACAGCAAGCUCAACAGGCGACGGAAUCCAAUAGUGACGACGAAAGUAUUAAUCCACCAGCACCGCGAUCCCGCUUAAAUAGUGUGACUCGGUUUGAUAACACUUCUGGGUCUUCUUUUUGGGAGACCUUUUCACCUACUCCUAGAUCUCCUGUACCUCUUCAAUGUUGUUGUAGAAAAGAAACUUGUCAAAACCAGUUAGCAUUUCAAAGAAGCGCUCGUUCAUUGGAAGAUGAGUUAAGGUUAGCUGCUGAGGUUGGACAAGCUCUUUUACAAAAACAACAAAAGUAUGAAUUAGAUCAAAAAAAAAUGGAAAAUUUCCGAUCAGCACUAGAACAUCAGUGUGCGCGCUCGGAACAAAGUGUUCAAGAGCUCAAGGACAUAGUGUUCGAGCUUGAAGACACGCAAAGGGCACUAAUAAGAGAAAGAGAUGACGCAUUGAGACAGAAAAAUCUGUUGGAUGAGAAAAAUGGUAUUUUAGUAACCGCUCUUGAUAAACAUGAUUCAAUGAUUCGGGACCUAAAUACAGAAUUAAAAGAACGUGACAACGAGAUCAAGAGAUUAAUGGCCAGUAAUAUUAAAGGAGAGAGAAGUGAGGAAAGGGAAGAAAUGCUAAGUAGACAAUUGGAAGAUUUACAACAAGAAUUGGCGGUUUCUCGAAAAUCGGAACUUGCAGCUGAAAUGAGUGUCAAACAAUUGAAAAAUAGAUUUGACCAACUUCAUAGUGAACAUGAAAAGCUAAAAAAGGAACAAAUCGAAACAAAAAAAUCGAAACAAAAGUUGGAGGCCGUUGCUAUGCUUCGUGAAACCAAAGAAAAUUAUAAGUCCUCUCCUUCAAAUAAUGAAGCAAAUAAUCAUCUUAUCGCAUUAAUUAAAGAACUUUCAUCUGCAAAUAAUAAAUUAAAAUCUGAGAAUUCUGAAUAUCGUGAACUUCUAUUAGAAUCCAGAAAUGAACUUAGCACUUUACAAAAUCGUAUUGAAGAUAUGGAAACUGCAAGUACAACUGGUUACGCUUAUCCUGCUAGUUAUGCAAGUUCCGCUGCAUUUGUUUCUCCUUUUAAACCAAAUUUUCCUCUACAUGUGUUGGAUGAAAAGGGAAUGGGAGGAACUGGAGGCGAGAAUUCCUCUAAUGUUGAAGUUGAAGAAAAUGGGGAAGGUUCAAAUUUUCCAUCUGGAUCUUCCACUAAGCCAAUCCAUCUUCAUAUGUCUCCUAUAUCAUCAUCAUUUAGUCAUGCUUCCUAUAAUACGUUCAAUAGCCUAGGCGUAGAUCCUUCGGCUCAUUCACCUGUUGGCUCGUUUGUUUCAACUUCAGCAUUAUCUAUUCGAGGAAGUAGUGUAUUUGGAGAACUCGAAAAAUAUCUAAUGAAAAAGACAAAACAUAAGGGUGUUAGAAAGUCUGAACGUAGCGGUAAUAGGAAAGGUAAAAAAGCAUUUUUUGAAAUUGGUGAAGAGGAUGAAGAACUACGUAAGGAUGGUGCUCAAUCCGAUACCACCGAAAAGAAAUAUGAAAGAAAUUAUAAUGAAACUUCAGAAUCCGAUAUUAUAUACAGUGAUGAUAGUGGUGAAGAAAGAAACCCCGAGGGAGACGAAAAAUAUUCGGAUAAACCAAAGAAGGAAUCCAAGUCGAAGCCAACUAAAAGUCAAGGAAAAAAGAAGAUGCGAGCAUUUUCUUUACCAGUUCAAAAUACUUCACUUCAAAAACAAAAUGUCUCCUUAUUAUCUGCCAGUCUCAAGAAAUCAGCUGCUGAAAAUUCUAAAGAUGAACUAAAAGGUGACAAAUCAAUAACCAGGGAACCUCCGAGUGGUAUUAUUAAAAGGAAAAGUGAUUCUAAAUUCUCUUAUCAUCAUGCUACUUCAGUUCCAAAUUAUUCUGCGAAACGAGCAAGUGGUGGAAGAACCAUACCAUCUCCUGGUUUGAAACAGCACAAACCUUCACAAUCUUCACCGUUGGCUGUCAAUCGUCGAGCAUCUGCUGCUACCCCAUCUUCAUUAUCGGUAAAAAUAUCUCAAUCUUCUAAUUCGCCCGCCGCGAAUCCAAAGUUAAAGAAUAUUUCAACAAAACCUUCAAUACCUGCUUUCAAGAAUCCAAAAUUUGCGACUUUAAGGCCUAUAGAACGUAAACAAAUGAUGGAAAUGUGGCGCGCUGGUGUCGCAAAAGAACAACUUUGUAAUGUAGAUGGUGGGGAUAUUUAUGAAGAAAAUGACAUCUCUUCUAAAGAUAAUAGUAGUGAUGUUGAAACUGUUAAGGGUAAGAGUCGGAUGGACUCAAUGAAUUCGCCUAUUAAAGAAUUUGUUGAAGAAGUAUUGGUCGAUGAAGCUAAUGUUUCCGCUGCUGAAGCUGCCGCUUUUGCUAAUGAAGUUGAGAAUAGUUUAACAACUUCAGCAAAAUCUACCCAUUCUCGUCAUGCUUCAACGGCAACGCGACGUCCUUCACUCCAUGUACCUUCCAUAAUGGUUCAAAGCCCUAACGAAGGUAAAGCCGACCCUCACCAACCUGAAUCACCGCAACAGCAAAAUCCAUACCAAAUACUCUUUAAUAUUGGUAAUUCUAUUAUGGAUCGUCUUAAAGGCACAGAUCUUUUAGCUUUGAACCGUCGGUUGAAGAGAACUUUUGAUAUAUUAGAAUUAAGCAGUUUAAGUAACAAUUUAAUUGAAAACAUUUUAGUAGAUGUUGAAAAUCUUAGGGAACGAUUCCGAUGGGUUGAAGAUUUACGCAAAAUUGAAGGAAUUAAAACAGAUGGAAAGGAAGGUCAUGGAGGUUAUAGUUCCGAUGAUAAUUCUAGUCAAAAAGAUUUAUUCACAUUUUCUCCCGAAAAUUUCUUACCAUUAACGCAUUUCAUGCAAGACCUUUUAACUGAAGUUUGCAAGUUACGGAUGAUGAUUAAUGAAGUUCAAGUUGAAUACUUUCAGAAAGUUGAAGCGUGUCGACGGAAAGCGGAAGAAGAGUUUGACAGAAGUUUGCAGAGUGGAAAAGAAGAAACGAUGGAAAUGAGAGAAAGAGGAAGGCAUAGUCAAAGUAGUGACGAUGGAAUUGGUGCCUACUUUAGUCGGGUAUUAUUUGGAGGAUCUAAAGAAGUUCAAUCACCAACUUCUGCUCGUCAUCAUAGUCGAAGAUUAUCAGUAGAUUUUUUGCAUGAUCGCGAUAUAUCUGUAGGUAGCAUUGACACUUUUGCCGAGGAUUCAUAUUUUGCGGAUCGGAAUCUGGAAUCUUACACUAACGCGCCAAACACAUUAAGAGAUUCAAAGAGAAGGGAUAAUAAUGAAACAGUUGGUUCAAUGUUAAGAAGGAAUGUUGUUUCUUUUUUUGGAGGAGGUGGUGGUGGGAACGAUACUAUACCAGGGAAGAAGAAUAUAGCAGAGAAGAAAGUCGGGAAAUUAGUGGACAGCGCAAGUGGGAAGAAGAAGUUCGGGACACUGACUGGUAGGAACGUUAGUGCAGAACCUUUUCAUGAUAAAAGACGAUUAACCAGUAGUGAAAAUGGAUUAAUAUCAGCGUCUGUUAAUCGUCACGGUGAUGGUAAUGAAAGGGGCUUGUUGGCAGAUGUAUCCGCAUCAUCACCUAUAAGAUCUCCAACUUCAACAACCAUACAAUAUAUUGGAUCUGAUGAAUCACCCACUAUUCCACAACCUAUCUCACCACCACCACCAUUAACUACAACAACGCCAAAACAAACAAGGUUGUUGACAAAUAAUGGUAAUUUAGAAGAUCGUUUACGACAACAUUUGGCCUAUGCUGCUCCAACUACAAAUACAACAACAAUAGUACGGGAAGAUUAUAAAAUAUGA